CCGCUCAUCCUCAUCCACUAUGUUCGCCGCUACUUCUAUCCUUUUGACGGCCUACUUUGCCCUCGUCCUUUCUCUAGUCCAGGCAGAGUCGCACACCGUCAGUUUCAAUAACAAGUGUGGAUAUGGAACCCCGAAUUUAAUUGUUAACGGAGAAACGCUUUCUUCUGGUGCUAACUACACUUCGGAUGGCCCUCUGUCGGGUGCCAUUGCCUACCUUCAAUCUGGCUCGUGUGGCGACAACGGCGAGAAUUGUACCCUCGUAGAGACCACACUUCUUAACUCUAUCUGGGGCUCUAGCACCGAUAUCUCUCUCAUCUCACCGCACAAAUUCAACGAGAAAACGAGCUUCCAGUAUACAAAUGGGUGCGAGGACGACGGGGCCACUUGCACAGACGAAGACUGCAAGGACGCGUUCCACGCCUUUUAUGAAACGUUCGUGCAGGUCGCGUGCACUGCAGAUAACGUCGGCCUCGAGAUCUCCUUCUGCUAAUUUCAGUCCUUUGAUCCCACUUCCUCGGUGAGGAAGUGGGAUUCUACCACUCGCUAGACGAGAACCUGUAGCUCCGAAUAGAAGGUCACAUCUGUAUCAUUUAGUGCUCUUC